ACAAAGUUCAAAGAGAGCACAUGGGGAGUAAAGGGAGAGGAAGAUAAAAAAUAAAUAAAAACAUUUGAAAGCUUGACAGCAGGUGGAGAGCUUAAACCAGACAGCUCAGAACGAGACGAGAAGAAAAUUGAAUGGGGGAAAAUGAAAUGAAAGCAAACUUUGUAUUUUCCUGAACUGAAGAAAGACAGAAAGGUAAUGACUCCAGAAGCCACAAUACUUUGUCUUUUGUGUAAGCGCUUGACUGCAGUGUGUCUGUCUUAGUGUGUGAAUAUGUGUAUGUUUGUGACCUGUGGCCUGUGUAGUCUGUGUGUUGUGCUAGUGAGGUAAGGUUUAGGCAACAGUGUAAUGGAGGGAGAGGAGAGGAAAUGGGGCCCUGGGCGUCUGACUAAUCUCCAGAAUGAGCUUAUCUGGGCACUGCUGGGCUCUGGACUGUCCCGGGAGGUCCUGGUCCAAGCACUGGAAGAACUGGAGCAAGAGAGGGUCACCCCUGGAGCAGAGAAGGGGGACAGGGGAGAUGGAGAGUGUUCGGAGGAGGGAGAAAUUGAUUUUCCACCACCAAUAUUCCAGGAGCUGGAGGCACUACCCUCAGAGGAGGCAGCCAGACAGAGGGCUCUGGUCGACCAACUUCUGCAGAAGGAUCCAUGGCAUGUGGCAAAACUGGUGAAGAGCUACAUGCAGCAGCAUAACCUCCCCCAGAGAGAGGUGGUUGAGUCCACAGGCCUCAACCAGUCCCAUCUCUCCCAACACCUCAACAAAGGCACACCCAUGAAGAACCAGAAACGGGCUGCUCUAUACAGCUGGUAUGUCAGUAAGCAGGGCAAGAUUAUCCAGCGUGAGUAUUUGGCCAGCUGAUAAGCUGACCCUGCCUGUACUGCAAAAUGACAUUACAGUAUGGACUCUCUAAGUGUAACAUUUACACUACCGUUCAAAAGUUUGGGGUUACUUAGAAAUGUCCUUGUUUUUGAAAGAAAAGCAAUUUUUUUGUCCAUUAAAAUAACGUAAGAAAAGAUCAGAAAUACAGUGUAGACAUUGUUAAUGUUGUAAAUGACUAUUGUAGCUGGAAAUGGCUGAUUUAUUUUGAUGGAAUAUCUACAUAGGCGUACAGAGUCCCAUUAGCAUCAACCAUACCUUCUGUGUUCCAAUGGCAAGUUGUGUUAGCUAAUCCAAGUUUAUAACUUUAAAAGGCUAAUUGAUCAUUAGGAAACCCUUUUGCUAUUAUGUUAGCACAGCUGAAAACCGUUGUUCUGAUUAAAAUAGCAAUAAAACUGUCCUUUAGACUAGUUGAGUAUCGACUCCAGGCUCAAAAUGGCCAGAAACAAAGAACUUUCUUCUGAAACUCAUCAGUCUAUUCUUGUUCUGAGAAAUGAAGGCUGUUCCAUGCAAGAAAUUGCCAAGAAACUGAAGAUCUCGUACUACUCCCUUCACAGAACAGAGCAAACUGGCUCUAACCAGAAUAGAAAGAGUAGUGGAAGGCCCCGGUACACAACUGAACAAGAGGACAAGUACAUUUGAUUGUCUAGUAUGAGAAAGUCCUCCAUGACAGUUUCAUUAAAUAGUACCCGCAAAACACCAGUCUCAAUGUCAACAGUGAAGAAGCGACUCCUGGAUGCUGGCCUUCUAGGCAAAGUUGCAAAGAAAAAGCCAUAUCUCAGAUUGGCCAAUAAAAAUAAAAGAUUAAGAUGGGCAAAAGAACACAGACACUGGACAGAGGAAGGUUUGGAAAAAGUGUUAAGGACAGACGAAUCUAAGUUUGAGGUGUUCGGAUCAAAAGAAGAACAUUCGUGAGAUGCAGAAAAAAUGAAAAGAUGAUGGAGGAGUGCUUGCCGCCAUCUGUCAAGCAUGGUGGAGGCAAUGUGAUGGUCUGGAGGUGCUUUGGUGGUGGUAAAGUGGGAGAUGUGUACAGGGUAAAAGGGAUCUUGAAGGAAGGCUAUCAUUCCAUUUCGCAACGCCAUGCCAUACCCUGUGGAUGGCACUUAAUUGGAGCCAAUUUCCUCCUACAACAAGGCAAUGACCCAAAGCACAACUCCAAACUAUGCAAGAACAAUUUAGGGAAGAAGUAGUCAGCUAGUAUUCUGUCUAAAAUGGAGUGGCCAGCACAGUCACCGGAUAACAACCCUAUUGAGCUGUUGUGGGAGCAGCUUGACCGUAUGGUAUGUAAGAAGUGCCCAUAAAGCCAAUCCAACUUGUGGGAGGUGCUUCAGGAAGAUUAUGGGGUGAAAUCUCUUCAGAUUACCUCAACAAAUUGACAACUAGAAUGCUGCAGGUCUGCAAGGCUGUAAUUGCUGCAAAUGGAGGAAUCUUUGACGAAAGCAAAGUUUCAGGACACAAUUAUUAUUUCAAUUAAAAAUAAUUAUUUACAACCUUGUCAACGUCUUGAAUAUAUUUCCUAUUCAUUUUGCAACUAAUUUCAUGUAUGUUUUCAUGGAAAACAAGGACAUUUCUAACUGACCCUAAACUUUUGAACGGUAGGGUAUGUCAAAUAAUGACUACCUCAUUCACUAAUAUUCACAAUUAAUUACCAUAAAUCUACACUGAGUAUACAAAACAUUGAAUACUCCCCCCCUUUUUGGCCUCAGAACAUAAAUGUAUAAUUGUUGUGCAAUUUAGAGGCUAUAUGGCGUUAGUGUGAAGCCCAUAAGCCUAAUUAAGCUACAGGUAGAAAAAGUUCAUGUUCAUCCACUGAGGCAAAAAAUAACAAUCUGAGUUUAACUCAAUAAGAUAAAAGCUGUGAAAUUGAGAGUUGAAAAAGAGAAGGGUGGGCCAGAAAAAUAGCCUGUUUGGGAAAGAUUUGGUGAAGUGGUAAAAGAGGAUGAUAGCAGUGCCGGCGAUGUUGUGAGGCAUUCUAAAGUCAUAAGAUAGGGACUUCAAAUAGGCCUAUGGCACGUCAAGGGAUCUGUAGCCUACUGUUCAGAUGGGUUAAAUGGAAACUGAAAUCUGGACACUGACUGUAGGUCUAUAACCUCUAAUAUAGCCUUAAUAUUAACUCCUGCAGAAUAAAUUAUUUCUUGCAGUAAAAUGACACCAAAUGUAGGCUACAUUUUGACUCCGGAAAAGGAAUGGAGAAAUAUGAUUUCUUUCUUUCAGCAUCUUGGGAGAAUUCGAAUGUGCAGUUAGUUCCCGUUUGUUGGUUGGGCCAUCUUUAUCAGCAUCAUAAACGCUGACAACUCAACCACAUAAAAUAUGCAUUCAAGACAAACUGAAAUCUUAUCAGAAACAUGUUGGUUCAUUUUCACAGCUCUCUAUUUCCUUACAACCAGUCAAACUGAUGUCAUUUGGAAAUUUAGCAUAUAAAAGUUUUUUUGUUGUUAUUUAUUGCAUUUUCUUCCCUAAAAGUCUUUGCUCAGUGAAAGAAGCAGAGAUGACUGAGAACUUCACAGAUGUCAACUUGAUUGAAGCAUUCAUUCUAUCGAUCUAUGACAUUAUUUUUGGAGAGCAAGGUUUUUAUUUAGUCUUCUAGGGCAACAUAUAGCCUAAUGGCAGAAGAGAAACGGCAUGUAUCUAAUAAUAGACAUGUUGACUAACAAAUAUCCUACCAAAAUGAAGGAAAUUAUAAGCAGAAACAUAUAUAAAUCAGGCACCCCCUGUCAAAAAAUAGUUCCUCUGUCUGACUGCCUACAGAGCAUUUUCUAUACUAGCGGGUUAGGGACAGGUGCGGGCCUCAGAUUUUCACUUUAUCACAUAUAGUCUGGCAGUUGCAUUUAGGUUAUUAUCAAUUGCAGGCAGGUGUGCGGUUGAACAAACAGAUGACCCAUGGACCACUGCCAUGAACACCAAAGUGAAGUUCAUUGGAGCAUGUCAAUUUACAUGUCACAUGAAACCUAUAUACAUUUUAUAUAUACAUUUUCAACAAUUGUCCAUCCUAAAAUGUAGGAAUAAGCAACGGCUUUGAUUUCUGGUCAAACAGAUGUAAAGGGGGUCUUAGACAACAUCUACCAGAAGAAGUAUUUAAAAGUAUUAGAAAUUAGUAAAUCAAAACAUAAUGUUGAAGUAAAGCUCCCUGCCAACUAAUACCAACACUUAUAUUUUGUUUUGGCGAAAUGACAUGCUGUCUGUAAGUUUAAGAAACAGUGACUUGUGAUUCCAUUACCAAAAACCUACAUAUCUCUAAGAUAUUUUCUAGAUGAUGAAAGUUCACAGCAGUAGCAAGUAAAGGUAGGUAAAGGUACCGAUUAGUUGGUAUUUUUGCUGAUAUAUAGUUUGUUUAUGAAUUAUUAAGUCAUUAAAACUCAAUUCUGUUACCAAAUCUUUAACGGAAUUACUGCAAUUGUGUCACCUGUGCUCCCUCUCCGGCCUCUAGGUCACCAGGCUGCUCGCACACCUGUUACCAUGUUCCACGCACCUGCGCAUCAUCAGACUCACCUGGACUCUAUCACUUCCCUGAUUACCUUCCCUAUAUAUGUCACUCCCUUUGGUUCCUUCCCUAGGUGUUAUUGUUUCCGUUUCAGGUCUGUGCGUUGUUCAUGUUUCUUGUUUUGUUUAUUAAAUGAUGCACUCCCUGAA